CUUCAACGUCGACUUUGGCUCUCAACCCAACCAAUCAACUCGACUAGCAAUCAUCGCCCCAUCAUGACGCUGCCACAGCUUCGGCGUACAAGCGAUGAUGUCGAAGGUCAGCUUCAGGAACUGAUCAGGCUGCGCAAUGCUGUCAUUGGCAGCCGAACCAAAAAGGCAGAGUUCGUCGUCGAGGGCAAAGUGCCUCACCUCGUCGAGCUCCUCGCCACGCCCAUUGCCAACCCAACUGCGCUUCAGGUUCGCAGUCUAUCUGCUACCAUCUUGGGCUCCCUUGCCAAUUCGUCCUCAUCGCCCACGCUGUUAUGCAUUCUUACAGCAGAAGCACCUCAAGCCUUGACCACCGCUCUCGCCGAUGUGGCAUCCCUCAACGCCCUGCAGGAUGGAGAGCGACUCAAAGCCAUCGAAUCCCUCGUCAGAGCCCUUCGAUCCAUCUACGUCGCCAUCGCAUCAGAGAUUGCUCCCAGUCCGCGACUUGGUUUGGGGCCAGGCCGAGCCGCAGCAGGCAAGAGCGCCUCGAUGCUAAGGGCUAAGAUUUCUCGUGAGCCUGCAGGGUGGUAUACCGCAUCAGCCGACGUCAAAAUGGCAUCAGGCUCCUCUUCCGACCUGCGAACUUCCUUCAAGAAGCACAGCGACGAUACUAGCUCCUCCUCAAACCUUGUUUUGCUCGGUCGCUCAGCCAUAGACCAUAUCCUCAGCCCCGAGGUCCUCCCCUUCCUCCUCGGCCCCCUCUUCCUUGCGCCCAUCCCUCGUCAUGAGCGGGUGCACGAGACGCUGCGAGAAGCUAAGGCGGCGGCAAACUCACGUCCCACUACGCCAGCGUACGCUGCAGUCGUGAUGAACAGCAGCUCGCGCGGCCAGGAUAUGGAGACAGCAUCGGUCGCUAGCAGCAGUCGAAUGGAUAUGGACGCCCAAAUGGGUGACGGGUCAAUGGCGCUACGCAAGCAAGCUCUCACCAUCGUCGAAAUGGUUGCUGGCAUAUUUUCGGCAUGUCUAGGCCUACCUGGCCCGGGUAUCUUAGCCUCAAAGGCGGGCAAGUCAGGGUCGUCGUCGGCGUCAUUCGCCUCACCGGCGCAGGAGAUAGCCACGCGCCGUCGCCACCUCAUCGACUUCAAUGCCUCUGGGUCUCCCUUCCAAGCAAUUGAAGUCAAUCUGCAAGACACAGAAGCAGAGCCAAUCGCAACGCCGUCUUUCCUCAGCAUCCUUCUCGCGGCUGCCGAAUCUGGCUAUCCGAAGGCACAAGAGUCGGCACUCUGGCUACUCUGCGAGCUCGUUCGGGAUAAUGCCGAUACGUCAGUGCAACUCUUCCGGCAUCAGACCCCCUCUGGCCUCUUGCCCACCUCCAUGCUCCUAGCGCUCCGCAAUGAUCCUAGCGUGGCCGUCAGGCUGGCCGCAUUCUCAUGCAUGGCCAACCUGAUCAAGGUGCAUCCCUUCACUGCAAAGACAAGUGAGCGAGUGCUGGCUGUACUUGUCGAUCUGCUCGACGAGUCAAGUCAGGGAGGUGGCGAGGUGCAAGUCGCCGCAGCUUUUGCUAUCGCCAAGGUGGUCGAGGAUGACCCAAGGAUGCAGGCGGUUGCGUGCACGCAGGGUCCCUUUGGGUAUCACUGCGUGGAAAAGCUGGGAGGUCUGCUCGAUCAGGCGACAAAGACUCUUACCGAGGGCAACGGCAGCAGCACCAGCAAGGCCAAGCUCACCGUGCCUUCAAUGGCAACAUCAGCGCGCAACCAAGAAAUGGCACACCGUCUGCGUGAAGCUGUCCUCACAGCGCUCGCAGCGCUCUCCUUCACGCGUGACGAGAUCCGCCGCCAGAUAGUCGAUGGCACCACCCCCUCUCUGCUACCUAUCGUCGUAAGCUGUCUCAGUUCCUCCUCUCUCGGUACCCGCGUCGCCGCCUGCCGCUUGGUACGCGCCCUCAGUCGAAGCAUAGGCGUGUUGCGCACUAGCCUCGUUGAUGCAGGGGUGGCAGAGAAGCUUGUUGAGAUGAUCAAGGACGAGACUCUUGGAGAGGAUGGAGAAGACGACGAAUUAAGGACGCAGGCCACCGCUAGCAUCUGCAACUUGGUGCUCUCCUUUGCGCCCAUGAGGCAGACCCUGCUGGACAAUGGCGGGCUGGAUCGACUAGUCUCUCUGGCCAAGACGUGCACCCAUGGCCCUACGAAGCUCAACGCGCUCUGGGCUAUGAAGAAUGUGCUGUAUGCCAGCGAGCUGGAGGUGAAGCGCACGGUCAUGUCCAAGCUAGGCUUCGACACUCUCGAGGCACUGGCUCGGGGUCCCUCCUCUUCGACCAGUAACGAGCGAGGCAGGGACGAAGCUCUUCCCUCCUCCUUGUCGCCGAGCAACGAAAAUUCGCUUGCCCUCCAAGAGAACUCUCUCAAUAUCAUCCGCAACCUCACCUCAUCCCGAGCAGGUGACAUUGCCUUCACCCUCUCCGGCUUUGGUGGCGCUACCAGGUUCUUUGAGCUGAUCGAGCACGUCAUUUGGCAGCGCCAAUCGGAUCUGGUGACGGAGCAGGCGGCGUACGUCUUGGUCAAUGUGGCCACGGGGGACGUGUCGCAUAGGAGGGCACUGCUGCGUCGGAACAAUUGCCUGGACGCGAUUGUGUACUUUGCUGGUCAUCCCAGGGCAGAGGUCAAGGUCGCGGGAUUAUGGUGCGUCAUGAAUCUCACGCAGGGCGUAUCAGCAGCGCAGCAGCAGCAGGCGGCAGCGAGUUCUGCGGCAGCUAUGCAGACAGAGGGUGCAGGGCAGGAAGCAGCCGACGUCGAUGACUCGACGCCAUUCGACGUAGAGCGAGAGGCUGUCGGAAGACUGAGGCGCUAUGGCUUCGAUGGAGUGCUGCGCUCUCUCCUGACAUCCCCGGACGCCGACGUCAAGGAUCGCGCAAGGGCGCUUUCGGGUCGCUUUGAGACCAAGACGGUCGCGACGGGGGCGAGUUCCAUUUCGAACGAGCGACAGAGGUCCUCGUCUGGCACUGGAACAGCUCAGGCUGCCCCGCCUGCGGCUGCGUGAGGUCGCGUCGCUGGGCGUGUAGGCAAGGCUCCUUCUUACCCUUUGUACAUCUGACAACUGCUUCGCCGAUCCGCUGUCGUUCAUACCCAAAUGCUCAGGCUUCACAUCUUUUAUCGCGACGUUUCAAUGCAUGAGAAUUACGAGUCAGGAG